GAGUCCGCCAUUUUUAAAAAUGGAGGAAGGUGAAGAAGAUAUAAAGUGGACUCCAGAAAUGGAGGUGGCUUUAUUUAAGGCAAUGCUGGAUCACAAGCCAGUUGGUGUGAACAAACACUGGCAUAUGCUCUGCAUUCAUCAUCGUAUGAUAACUCAAGGAGGUGUGGUCAUACCUACAAGACUCAUUUGGAAGCAUCUACAGUCUCUGUAUGACCUAGCUGCUUUGGACGAAACGGAGGCCCAUCCUGUGAUAUGUGAAGAGUUUUAUCUUCCGUCUUAUUUUUAUCAGCAAGAAGAAGGAGUUGGGGAUGGUGACCAAUCUUCAUCAAGAAAGAGACACCGUGUGUCAUCAAGUCCAUCUCCAGCUGCUUCCCCUCUCUCCGUCACUAAGAGAAAAAGAGCUCAGUGAGAUUUCGAUUGGGUUUGGGAGGAGCCUGUUACUAUGACGACCCCCUUUGAAGACGAAAGCAAUUUAAUAUUAUUUCCACUAUCUGACCCAUCUGUUUGUGAAUUUCAAUUAUAAUUUAGAGAAUUUUAAACAACAAA